UUCCUCUCCCAUUUUUAAUCAAACCCUCGUCGAGCAGAGACUCGGAGUAUCUUCUCCUUCAUCAGAGCUCUUCUUGUCCGCUCAGUGGGUGGAGAGAGAAAGUGCCCAAAAAAAAAAAAAAAAAAAUAGAGUGAGAAAGCGCAUAGACACAUAGAGUCUCGUACUUUCUAGGGUUAAAGUUUAUAUCUAUAUAUAUAUAUAUAUUAUUUUUUUAUAUUAUCACAAAUUGAAAAAGGAGAGGGAAAAAAAAAAAAAAAGAAAGAAACGAAAGUGAAAGUCGGGAGAGUUUUGAGAUUGAAGAUUGUGAUUCUAGCUAAUUUUCUGGGAAAAUUUUUCUCGGGAGAAAAAAAGAAAAAAAGAAAAAAUUGUGUCGACUGUAAGUUGCUUUAUGUGUGUAUUUUAUCUUGGUUUUUGUUUGUUUUUUUUCUUUACCAGGUAGCCCUUUCAUAAACUCCACGGAAGACAAGGCUUCGAGCUCAAGCAAAGUUGAAGUACAAAUUAAAAAAAAUUAAUAAACAGAGUCUUUUUUUUUUUUUUAAAUGAUUUCCGGGAAAGCAAUAUUUUAUCUGGAGGAAGGUUUUUCUUGGUCACUGGAUUAACCAGUGAGAAAAAUUUGCAUUAAAAUAUAAUUUUUUUUCGAAUGGAAAAAAAAGUCGUAAAGUAGUGCUGGGGUUGGCUUCUGAAUGGUUAAUUUGGACGAACAAGUUUCAUUAUUUAAAGGGAUUGAACAUUGGUUUGGUGGUGGUUUGAGGAUGUUACACAGAUUGAAUCAAAUGUUGAGUGAAAGUUGACCCAUCGAGAAACCUGAUUGAAAAAAAAAGAAAAAAAGAAAAAAAGAAAAAAGAUGACAGUUCUGUAAAUAUUGUAUACAGAAAAGAGGCUGACAUGAGGAAUUCAGGUAUAGUUUGAGGGGGUGGGUCGCAACAUAAUGAGUUGCAGUGAGAGGUACAGAGGAGGUGAAGAGAGGGAAUAUGAGCACCAGGCUUUGCGGAGGUCUGUUGAUGAAGCUGAACCCAAUUUGGUAUCCCAAAAUGGUUCCCUAACGACCCAACAAUUGACGAUCGAUGAGAACUUGCUGGUCGACCCGAAAGUUCUGUUUAUUGGGUCCAAAAUUGGUGAAGGAGCUCAUGGCAAAGUCUAUGAAGGAAGGUAUUGUAAUCGGAUUGUUGCUGUUAAAGUUCUCCAUCGUGGAAGCACUUCGGAAGAAAGAGCUUCGCUGGAGAAUCGAUUUGCUCGUGAAGUUAACAUGAUGUCUCGAGUUAAACAUGAGAACCUUGUUAAGUUUAUUGGAGCUUGUAAAGAUCCUUUAAUGGUGAUAGUUACUGAACUAUUACCUGGGAUGUCACUCCGGAAGUAUCUAGUUAGUCUUCGUCCUGAAAAAUUAGAUCUUCACGUGGCGAUAAAAUAUGCCAUUGACAUUGCUCGUGCCAUGGAAUGUCUGCAUGCCAAUGGGAUUAUACACAGAGAUCUGAAACCUGACAAUUUGUUGCUUACGGCAAAUCAAAAGUCUGUUAAGCUUGCAGAUUUUGGUCUGGCAAGAGAAGAAUCUGUGACUGAAAUGAUGACUGCAGAAACUGGUACUUAUCGGUGGAUGGCUCCUGAGUUGUACAGCACUGUGACAUUGCGUCAAGGAGAGAAGAAGCAUUAUAAUAACAAGGUUGAUGUAUACAGUUUUGGAAUUGUCUUAUGGGAACUAUUGACAAACCGCAUGCCAUUUGAAGGCAUGUCCAACUUGCAAGCUGCUUAUGCUGCUGCUUUCAAGCAAGAGAGGCCUAGUCUUCCAGAGGAUAUAUCCCCUGAUCUUGCAUUUAUCAUACAGUCAUGUUGGGUUGAGGACCCUAACUUGAGGCCCAGCUUCAGCCAGAUAGUCCGCAUGCUCAAUUCAUUUCUCUUCACACUUUCACCAUCACAAUCAUCCUUACCGGAUUCCGACGAUGUUAACGAGGCAGCAGCUAGUAAUGUUUCUAUGAAUGACUUAUCUGCUCGAACAAGAGGAAAGUUUGCUUUUAUUCGUCACCUUUUCGCUGCUAAGAGGACAAAGAACUUGCAAUGAGCUGGUAAAAUUUUGGAAAAGUUAUUAUCUUUUUUUGUUCCAAACUCAAGCAACAUAGGCAUGAGAUAGAAGAUGUAAUUUUUAACGAGUUUGUGAUUAAUACCCAAAUUAUGAUGAUUACCAAAGUGCAAGAAAUGCUGAAAAGAAAUGAUGUCGAUGGGGGAACUCAUUCACAGAAUAAAGAGAGAAGUAGACCAUUCCACA